GCAUUAAGAGACUGGCUUAGACAAGCUCCCAGCCCUGGCGACCUCACUGCCGUGACAGAAGCCGACGUGUCUCCCGGAACUAGCAUACCAAUACCUGAAACGAUCAAGAUCCGGGGUAACUGAACUAACUGUCCACCCUAGGUCAUCAUGCCCAUCCUAGGCGCAUGAUGGCCCGUAGUCUGAGCAGGAAUAUAAUAAGCGUCUGUAGCACGCCUGGCAAGAGCUUCCCGAGCACUUCAUCAGGUCAAUUUCCAUCCUUCACUGACCUCUGCCUGAGAACUUGACCAGUGUCAAGGCAUCCUCCACCUCAAGCUGGUCCCACCCACUCCCUCCGCCAUGAAGCAAAUCCUCACCCUGACGACGGCCCUCGCCGUCCUCCUCCUGGGCCUUCUCAAUGCCGUGGCCGCCGAAUCCUCACCCGGAUGCGGCAAGACCCCUUCCCUGCGCAACCAGCAGUACACCAUGACCGUCAACGGCAAGCAGCGCCAAUACUUCAUCAAACUCCCCGACAACUACUCCCCGACCCGUCCCUACCGGCUGAUCUUCACCUACCACCAACUCGGCGGCAGCGCCCAAAAGAUUGUCAACGGCGAGGACACCAACCGCGGCGGCGCCUUGCCUUACUACGGCCUUCCGCCGCUGUCAAAUAACAGCGCCAUCUUUGUUGUUCCGAACGGGCUGAAUAACGGCUGGGCCAACCAGGGCGGGGAGGAUGUCACCUUUUUUGACCAGCUCGUGCAGCACGUCUCCAACGAGCUGUGCGUCGACACGCGGCUGAUCUUCUCGACGGGCUUCAGCUACGGCGGGGCCAUGUCGUUCGCCCUCGCGUGCGCCCGCCCCAACGUCGUCCGCGCCGUGGCGGUCUUGUCUGGCGCACAGUUGAGUGGUUGCCAGGGCGGGACGCAGCCGGUGGCGUACUAUGGACAGCAUGGCACGGCUGAUUCGGUGCUGAAUGUGAGUGGAGGACGGCAGUUGAGGGAUCGGUUUGUGAGGAACAAUGGGUGCACCCCGGUGAAUCCCGAGCCGCAGCCGGGGGCUACGAGCGUCAAGACGAGGUAUCAGGGUUGUAAGGAGGGUUAUCCGGUGACCUGGGUUAUUCAUAGGGGCGAUCAUAACCCGUCGGAGAGGGAUGGGAAUACUAUUUUUGCGCCGGGGAACACGUGGGAGUUCUUCUCGCAGUUCAGUUAGGCUGGCUGGAUUGUGGUUGGUACCAGACUUUGUGUACAUGGGACAAGAGGAAAUAUCUGUAUAUAAUGCCCAUGCAGUCCUUGUAUGGUGUGGUACCUGAACAUACCUUCUUUCGAGGCUCGCUUCGCUCGCUUUGCAAGAUCCGUGUCUAUUGCUAGCAAGUGGGAAAAAUUCAGACUACCUAGUGAGCGC